GUGGCGGUGGCUGUGCUGCUUAGUGCUACGUUAAAUCGCAUCGAACGGUUUUUAAAAGCGGUCGCAUACGACGGCUCACACGCUCCCCAUCAAAGAACACACAUCGAAAAGGACAGGACACUAUCACAAAAUGUUGAUACGCUGGAAGAGUAAAGAUAAAAGCGCGUCCGCAAAUCAAAAUGCCUGCGGCAGCAACAGUUCAUCAUCAAAAAAGAAACGCAAGGGACGAGAAGGCGAAGAAGACUGGCAAAAUGAAAACAAAUCCGGACGAAUGCCGCCAAAUGAACAGGGAGGCGGUGACGAACGACGACGCGCCAUGCGACGCGACGACCCCAGGCGCCACACACUUGGCGGAGACAUAAUGGUUUACGGUGGCUCACAGCAUCCGCACGCACAUCAAAUGGCCCCUCAACAGCAGCGCGCCAUGGACCUGGAGAUGAGCACACGCGCUCAAAAGAACAAAAAGAAUCAGCCAAUGCGUGGAUAUGCUCCAGUCAAUCAGGGCCCGUUGUUUGACGACGAUCCGGGGAUUAUGUCCGAGGUGGAGACUGCAAGUACCGGAUUUCGUCGUGGCGGGAAGCAGCGCUCUUCUCUGCCUGUGGUGCGCACUCCUUCAAAGACACUCGAGCGGCCAUUGGGACUGGUUUUUCUGCAAUACCGCUCGGAGACAAAGCGAGCACUGCUACCAAACGAGAUCACCUCCAUUGACACGGUCCGUGCGCUGUUUGUGCGGUCUUUUCCGCGCCAAUUGACCAUGUCGUAUUUGGAGGGACCCAACGUAAAGAUCUACAUACACGACGCCAGCAAGGACAUGUUCUACGAGCUGGAGGAUGUGCGCUCCCAUCUUCGCGAAAUCCGCGACCGCUCUGUGCUGCGCCUCUUCGAGUCCACAGAGGUGGCAGCACCACCACAGAUCUUGCCCGGCGGUCCCGGGAUACCCCAGCCCCUGCCCCAGUCUCAGGCACCGGCCAACUGGGAUCAGGACCAGAGCUACUUCAGCGAACCGGAAUUCGAUUCGGACUACAAGCACCAGCACAUCCACAAAUCCAAGAUUGGCAAACAGCCGGCGCCCUACUAUGUGGGCUCAUCGCAGACCUUGCCCCGUGGCAUGUACUCAUCAGAACGCAACAAAGUCUCGAUGGGAGCGCCUGUGAAACCACUAAGAUCAGUCAAUCCAAGGGGUAGCAUGGAACCCCUGUUUCCCUAUACCCAGGAUCAGUUAUACAGCAUUCCAGACGGCUACACCAGUUCUCCAGAGCGCAGCAGCCGUGGCAAUUACGAGGAGCCCUACUAUAGCCAAUAUGGGACACGGGGCGCUGUUGUGGCACCCAUCAUAGACGAGGAACAGAGCGAUGUUGCCCUCACCGAGGAUCAGUAUGCGUUGUACGGCAUCAAGGUACCGGGUCCCAACCGGAUGGCGCAUCGCGGCAAUCAGAUCUAUGAUCCCUCUAGGCCAGAAGAAUUGCACCGCAUACGCGUGGAGCACAUGGAGAGGCAGUUGGCCAAUCUGACGGGCCUGGUGCAGAAGGCUUUGGUCAAUCAGAAUCCACAAAUUGCCCCCCUGCCAGUGCCCACACUGGACUCCAACUAUCUCGUUGUGCCAUCCCAGUCCCAGAUGCAAGCCAAUGGCUCCGGGGACGACAUGUAUAUUCGGGAGAAGGCUCCCAAGUUAGGCAAGAACUCGUGCCAGAAAUCCGUGUCCUUUGAGAAAUCAGUGUCCUUUAGCGAUGACAUACAGGGCCAUAAUCCCAAGUCUCAUAAUCCACUACAUGCCGCUGAUACGAAACCUACCAAGCCGGCAAUCAAGUCGUCCACCCUACCACGCACAUCAUCACAAGAGCGCGAUCGCCUGAAGCCCCCUCCACCACCCAAGCCGAUUGUGCUGGCCCAGACAGCACAUCCCAACUACCGGGCGGACAUAACGCUGGCCCCCGAGGUCUACAACCACCUGCGUGGGCUGCAGAAGAAAGCCAAGGACCUUCGCAUGGAGGUGCGCACCCUGCGUCGUCUGUCCCAGGCCCAGGCAGUAGCCGUUCGGGAGGACAUCAAGGGUACAUUUAUGCGCAUUCGUGCCACUCUGCUGGCGAGCAGCGGCAGCUUCUGGGGCCAUCAGGGCGAUCAAGAUGCCACGCGAGUUUCGCGCGAGGAGGAGCUGUACAAGCAGGAGGUCAUACGCCUGGAAAAGGAUCUCAGUGACCUCGAGGCGUCGGUGGAGAAUUUACGCGGUGAGGUGAUCAAUCGGCGCACACGGGUCAACAUGACCGCUGUGGAGGACAUGGCUCUGGUGUUGAGCCGCGCCAGCAAAACGGUGGCCGAACUCAAGCUCAAGUUUCCGUCUCUGUCGAAUGGCUUGCGCUGCAUUCUGUCCAGCGAAAUGGAGAAGGUGGUGCGCGAAGAAAAGUUCCUCAAAGAAGAGCCCGACCGCUUGGAGUCGGCGCUGCGGCGCUGCAAGAAGCUAACUGGGACAUUGGUGACGCUUAAACGUUUGGCAAGCGUGCAGGAGCAGCGUCUGCCGCCCAAUGAGCCGGCAAUCAGCGAAGAGCCACCACGGUCUGCGGACAUUUCGGCGCCCGAUAAGCCAAUCCCAACACCCAGGAUGGGGUCGUUCGCUAUCAGCGGGGGACUCGCACCCGAAAACGCACUCGAUGCUCUGCUAGACGAGCUCAAGACGUUCUCUAAGCCCAUAGCCCAACAACAGCAGCAGCAACAGCAGCAGCAGCAACACCAGCAACAAUACGAGAUUCGCCCCGAAGAUUCGGCAUCUGAUGAAAGCGCUAGCGCAGAGGCCGCAGUACAAAGCACCGUCACCACGCAAAUAUCGCAGGCCCGUCUCUACACGGAGGCCAACAUCAAUAUGCAACAGGCCACCACUAGCAGCAUGGUCAUUGCUGUGGCCACCGGCUCUGUGCCAGUACAGCGAGGCGUGCUCACCCAUCAGCAGUCGCAGUCGCAGCUGCAGCUGCAAUCACAACAACAACAACAACAACAGCAGCAGCAGCUCAUGGUGCACACAAACAUGGGCAGCUUGCGACGGCUGCAUUCCUAUCCCAGCGAGUCGGACAGCGAACUUCAGUUACCACCACCUACUGGGCCACGACCCAGCGAUCCAAAUCUGGCCAAUGGUGGCGGCAUCGGCAGCAGCAGCAGCAACAACAAGCCACCCGUACCCGAGCGAAAUGCUGAUCUGAUAACGAAAGUGGGCCACAAACGCAUACCGCCACCACCGCCGCCACGCACCAGCUCACGCAGUCCACUGGCCAGUCCAACCAGCCCAAACGUGCCACAGAACAUAGCUUCCGCACCAGCAGCAGCAGCAACGGCAGCGGCCAAUGCUAAUUCCAAUGCCCACUCAAAUGCCAAUGUCAAUUCAAUCGGAAUAGACUCCUCGGUUGUCGCCGGUGGCGACACAUCAAGCGGCGACAACUCCAGUGGCAAUGAGUCCGGUAACGAUCAUGUGCAACGCCAGGUGGCACUUGAGAUGCGCCACCAGGAGUUACUUAAGAAGCAAAAAUUACUGCAAGAGCAAUAUCAGCGUUUGCAGAAAAUGAGCAAGCUUCCCUCGGUCGAUGUUACCUGCCCCUCGUCGCAGGACAUGGCUGCUGGGGCCGGCGGCGGGAAUAACACGUUGCGUAAGCUCGGCAGCGAGACAAAUAUUCAGCAGAAAAUCGCUGCAUUGAGCUUGGCCUGCGAAGCUAGUGGAGCCGCGGCUGCGGCGGCGGCGUCUGCCGCGGCUACCAAUGGUGUGUUGGUCAGUGAUGCUACGAGCGGUGUGAUCGGCGGCGCUGUUGGUGGUGGAGUGGUAGGGUCGUCUGGUGCGGUCGCUGCUGCUGCAAACUCUCAACACCAAACAGCCACAACGACCACCAAACAGGUGUACGAGACGGAGAUACUUUAACACAACUGGAAAUUGGCGUGGAACGAAACAAAAAUUGACAUUUAAUCAUCACAGCAGUCUUCAGGUGGUCUCGGUUACCCAGAUAGGGCUCCAAAUCUAUCUACAGAUGUGGUCAAUACAAAAAGCUACCUACCCCUAGAUACUACUGCUCAAAUAAUUUCACGUCCGCGUACAUAACACGAGUCAUCUCUCUCAAACACAAAAACGAAACUUGAGUGUCACUAAAAACUUUUCCCGUAUGUGUAAGGGCGAGCAGUAGCCCCUUACCCCAGUACUUUUGUCUAGCAUCUAGCAUUUAAUUUUCGAACAUAAAUGUGUAACGUGCAUUAAUUCAGCAUGCGAUCGAUGUAUGGACGUUAGGUGUUGUCAAAAUGAAAAUGAAAAUGAAGAACGAAUACGAAUACGAAUUUGAAUCGAAAAUCAAAAAACUGUAACAUUACGCGUGUAAUCACAAGUUUGCGUAUCCGCGUAUCCUCGUAAAUACUCGUUAACGAAGGCAACAAGCCGAAUAAGAUCAAUGUUUUUAUGUAUGUAUGUAUGUAUGUAUUUGCUUACAUCCGAUGUACUUGCUGUAUGUCCCCUUGUUGUUGUUCCGAUGAAAUCGCACAUAAGCUAUAAGAAGGUGAAUGAGAAACCCCCCAUGAGAGCACGAAUAUAUUGCACUAGACUCUGUCUGUCAGCGGCGGAGCGGAGAGGAGAGGUUCCAACUUAAACCCAAGCAAGCGCUAAGCUUCAGUAUAUCCGAUCAGAUAUCAGAGUCAGAAUCAGAUUUGCAUGCAUAUUUUAAUCUGUGUCUGUGUAUAUGUUAAAGUAGCCAAAGCAGCUAGCUGUCUAUCCUAUCUUUUAGGCCAGGAAAGGACCCAUACUCCAGGUCUGGUCACACAACUACACGUAGUACAUACUACUCAUCCACAAAGUACGCAAGGCACAACACGGCACACAAGAACACAUUAUAACUAAUUAUUAUGCAUAUGUACAGGAUCUACGUAUGUACGUUACAAAUAUGUAUGUCAAAAGAUUUUUAUUAUUACCUUGGUAUGGGACGUGAGACUGAUAGUUCUAUAUAUAUAUAGCUCAUCAAGAUACAAAAAUAAUGAAAAUAUUUUACUUAUUUUUGUUAUAGAAGGCAACUAGCUAAUUUUAUCCCAAUAUAUAUGAAUAUAUUAAAAAAAACACAACACAUAAACAACAUACACCAUACACCAUACACCACACACAUAUGUACAUACAUACUCCUUCCAAAGGGCCUUAAGUUGGAUCAAGAUUUGGAAAGGGUGUGGUUCAUUUUGGACUACCAAAAAUGUUAUUUGUUUAAACGAUGCGCCUAUCAAAUGGGCAAUACAUACAUAUGUAAAAAUGUAACCGAAGGCAUUUACCGCAUUAUACCGCAACAUACCGUGUAGAACGUUAGUCUGUCCAUAUCUGUGUUGGUAUAUCCAUCGGAAACGGCGACGGACGGACCGGACAACGUCCCUGCGCGCAGAUACUUAUUGGAUAAUUUUGGUUCAUUCCUUAUCCUUUUUAAUCGUGAUCGGGCUGAUCAGGGUAUUACGGGACCCUUGACUGCAUAUGUUAUUAGCAAAUUAAUAUGUUUUUUUUUUAAAUAGUUAAUUGAGAAGUGUUCAUCCUAGCACCCUAGCAUUUAAGUACGUACACACUGAUGCAUGGGCUGAAAGGGUCAAUGAAAGUGGUUAUAUCUUGCACAAUCAUAGAUUUUUUAUUGUACGUGUUCUUUCAGUAUUAAAUUUCAGUAUUAAAAAAGCUUAUUUACAAUUAAUACACAUACUAUAACACACGGAAUUAAGAGAAAUUUGUUGCACCCAAACCAGAUUCAUAUAUGUACGUAUGUAUCAAUUACGAGUAAAAUAUACCAAAUCAUUCCCCAAAAAUGUUCGAUUUUCGAUGUCUAUGAAUAAGGAGUACGCAGCAGAGCGCAGCGCCAAUUCCUUUCUUUUGUGAAAACGGAAACAAUGUCAACGAAUUAAAAAUCCGUUUUCAAGCGUGUGUUAGCAUAAGAACUCAAUCGAAAAUAAAUAAAACACUUUAAAAGUAUAUCUGAUACUCAUACUAUAUAAAUGAAUAGGUCUAUGAUAUGUAUGUAUGUAUGUAUAUCCAAUAGCUCAAAAUACACACAGAGAUAGAGAGAGAGCACUGUGUCAGGAUCUAAUGCUGUGCCGUACGCCCCUGUGUUUUAUUUAGUAGCCCCAAUUUUAGAAACUACUGUGCAAUAGACUUGAUUGCAAGACUCAAAUGCCAAAACAUUGAAACCUUAAGGUGCGCCGCUCAAGACAUUACAUAUACAUAUAUACACGAAAGACAGAAAACAUGUACUUAAGUUAGUGGAUUUAUAUUUAUUUUGACCGCAUUCGACGAAUAUGUAUAACAUAUACAGUAUAUAUAUAUAUAUAUAUUAACAUGCAAAACUCACGCAACGAAUACGAAAAAUUUAAAAAAUAUAUACAUAUGAUGACUACGGAGAUAAUAAAUAAUGACCUAUGUAAAAGGUUUACGCGAUUAAAGGUCCCUAAUAACACGAAGUCAAAAAUAAUUAAGUAUAGUUAAUCCCAAACGAUAUGAAUGUGAAUGUGGCAAAAUCAAAUUGAAUGAUGGUAUUAUAUGUGCACUGUACACAUAAUUGUAUUCCUUAUAAGGCACACUCCAAUCCACUCCACUCCACUACACUCACUCAAACGGAAAUGUACACCCCUGCCCACACACACACACACACACACACACACACACACACGACACCCUCGCUCCUCUACUCACCAAAGCGGGUAUUACGUAUCGUAUACAUAAAGAACAAUUUGGAGGUAGUAGAAGAGAUGUGCAGAAGUAUAGAAGUACGGAGAGGAUGCUGUAUCGGAAGAGUUCAACAAACAAAAAUGGAAGCGCGUAUUUUUUCUUAAUAGUAAUUAUAAUAUUUAAAAUCACAGCAAACCACAACAAUAAAUAUCAUUCGUAAAAUGGACUCUUAACAUGA